AUGGGGCUGGGAGGGAGCAAAGCCGACGCCGCGGAGGAGUGGAUUGUGAACCUAGGCCACCGGCAGGAGAAGAAGGGCGUCACCAACUCGGUCGUCACCUCUAAGUACACCGUCUGGAACUUUGUUCUCAAGAACCUUUGGGAGCAGUUUCACAAGGUGUCGAACAUUUAUUUUCUCUGCAUCUGUUGUCUUCAGAUGAUUCCGCAGAUCUCCACGACCAAUGGCGUGCCCACUCUGGCUCUUCCUUUGUCGACUGUGUUGAUCAUUAAUGCGGCGAAAGAUGCCUUCGAGGACUGGCAGCGACACAAAUCAGACAACCUCGAGAACAACCAGGUCACACACGCAGUGAUUUUUCCGUGUGACAAAGCCGCGCACUCGGCGCGAAUGAAGGAUGCUCGGCAGGCGGCGCGGAAGAUAAUUCAGAACAAACUCGGACACGCGACUGCGCGGCCUCGCGGCGCGGCUGGGGGCGAGGAGGGCGGAGGCCGGGCGGCGGCGGGCUCGCUGGCGGGCGGCGACGUGGAGACGCACUUGGCGGCGUUUUGCGAGGAGCUCGGCGUGCCGGAGGAUGAGGCUCCGCUGCCGAUUCUUCCCAAGUUUUGGAGGCAUGUGGACGUCGGAGACGUGAUUCUGUGCGUGAAGAACGAGUGCUUUCCGGCAGACAUGGUCCUGCUCGCGACGUCUGGAUCCCGCGGAGGCGCUUUCGUGGAGACCGCGAGCCUGGACGGCGAGACAAAUUUGAAGCUGAAGCAGACGCACCGCGUGACCUUUGAGUGGCUCACCAACUACUUGCCCCUCGCGCUGCGCUUCCUGCUCGCCCGCAAAGGCCGCAUUCGCUGCCAGACCCCCAACCGCGACCUGAACGUCUACGAAGGCGUUCUCGAACUCGAGUCUGGCAUCUGCGACAUUAGCAGCGACGACGCGGAGCUCGUGGGGAACGCCGCCUCGUCGCACGAGGAAGAAGAGGAGGAAGAAGGAGAGGACGACGCUGACCCUGAAGACGAGGCGCGACGCGGGUCGCGCCCCUGCCGCUUCACAGGUACCUACGGCCGCGGCGGCGGUGGCGCGCAAAUGUUCGUCUCCUGGCCUUUCAUGGACGCGCCCAUGUCCAACCAGCAGCUGCUGCUCAGAGGUUGCAAGCUCAGAAACACGGACUGGGCUCUGGGCGUCGUCGUGUACACGGGCAAAGAAACCAAAAUCCAAAUGAACAGCUCGAGUCCGCCGCGCAAGAGCUCGCGAGUGGAGCGACUCACAAACAAGUUGACUGUCACCAUUUGGCUGGUUCAGACGCUUCUCUGCCUGGCGGUCGCAGUCGGACACACGCUUUUGAUGUUCAGCUCUGCGGCUGGUGCACGGACGUACAUGGGCGCAAGGGAUGAGCGGAAAAACCCCGUCGCUUUCUGCAUCGCGAACUUCUUCACGUGGAUGGUGCUGACUUGCAACCUCGUUCCAAUCUCGCUGGUGCUUCAAAUGGGCAUGGUAAAGGCGCUCCAGUCGCUCUUCAUCAUUCGCGACAAAAGCAUGCUUUUCUACCCGCCGCCGCGGCGCGGGUUCGGCGCGGCGCCCGGGCGCGGCGGCGACGCGCAUGCAGAUCUCGGCGCGCUCUCGAGUCAGAUCCGGAGCUCGACGAGUUCGCUGUUCCUGUCGCCGGUCGGCAAACCGAUUUCGACUGUCUUCUCACAGGUGUCGGCGCUGUCGCCCGUUGAGCAGAGUCCAGCGCGCUCGCCCACAGGUUCCUCGCCGAACGCGAGCCCGCCAGCCUCGGAGGCGGACGACAAGGCGCGCGCGCGCCGCGCAAAGUCCGCGCGGAGCUGGCGAAGCCGCGAGGAGUCUCCGACCCACGACGCAGAAGCGCCUCUGAGCCGCGCCUCCACGUUCGGCCGGCGUUCGCACAGCUCGGCGCGGCGUGCAGACAGCCGACGAGACGCGCCGGGGGAGGACCAGCGCGUGGACUCGAUGCUGACCCCGACAAAGUCGGCGGAGCGGCGGCAGCUCAGCUCGCGACGCCCCCGCAGCAGGGAGAGAGACGUCGGAUUCUGCCACGGCUCGGUCUCGCUGCGGUCGACGGCAGGGCACGCCUGCGCGUGCCCGUUCGAUUCUGACACGCUCUCGAGCUGCGAGGAAGGAGAGACGCGCAAAGCCAGUGCUGCGCACUCCACAGACGCCCGGCGGGAUGGGGAGACUCGCGCGACCGCGCGAUCCGUCUCGCAGCGGCGUUCGCGAGCGGCGGCGUCGCAUCCCGCGCGGAAACGCGCAGACGGCGAGGCGAAGGCGGGCGGUGCCGGGGAGCCUUCGAGGGAAGAGGGUGGCGCAGACGCAGGGGUGGUGCCGAGUCUCUGCGACGCUGUUCACUCGUUGGAGGCGUCGCCGGCCGCGAGGUCAACCUCGUGCCUUCAAGAGAGGAGCAUCUGUCUGGCACUCAGGCUGCACUCCGCUGCUGCGUCGUCCGUCUCGACGUCGCCGCCUGUGUCUUCUCGGCGCUCCACAGUCAUGUCGCCGCCCACAGCGGCGACGAGCGCCUCCGACCGCGGACCCUACGCAGAUCCGGAAGAGGACGAGGACUCCGAGCGUGCCGCAGAGGCCCGUGAGGCGUCGCCUCGUUUCCCUCUUCCUCUGCGGCGCGUAGCCUCCCGCGCUCUCCUCCACGGAGAAGCCCCGCCGCCUCACCCCCAAUCUCUGCUUUCGUCCGCCUCGUCGCGUGAAGACCUCGCGUCGGGCGUCUCCCCGAGCCAGGAGGUGUCAAGCCCUGGUGCACCGCGGUCUUCUUCCUCGCUGCAGUCUUUCGCAGAGGACAUCGUCGGCGAGUCGGCUGCGCGUGGCACGCGCACCUUUUGCGCAGAGGCGGCCUGCCAGCGUGAGGCGUCUCCGCCGCCCUCCUUCAUGUCUUCGUUCUCCUCUGCGCAUGCGGACCAAGCGCUGCCCAGCGCAGAGAAUUCGGCGCCGUUUCCGCGCGGCCGGCGGACCUGCUCUGAGCAGAAGGUUUGCUUCUCCUUGAUCUCGCCGUCUUCCUCUUUUCCGAUCCUUUCCCGCGACGCCUCGAGCUCCGUCCUUCCCGCGCCGCGCGCGCCGUCCGCCCAAAAGCUCGCGGCGGACGAGUCGCCGCGCCGAGUCGAGGAGAAAGUCGAGCCGCAGCAGGGGGCAUGGCCAAGAACAAGCGACUUGAACGAGGAACUGGGACAGGUCGAGUACGUCUUCAGCGACAAGACCGGCACGAUGACCUCCAACGUCAUGGAGUUCCGCAGAUGCUGCGUACGAGGACUGAGUUAUGGGCAAGGCCUCACAGAGGUUCGCCGACAGGCACUGCGGCGUCUCGGUCUUCCUGUGCCGCCUGAACCCGUUCCACCGUCGAGCGAGCCUGUGACGCCGCAGGUACAGAUGGUCGACGCCGCGCUGCGGCAGCAGCUGAACGAUCCGAACCACCCGAUGCACACGUACCUUGUCGAUUUUUUUCUUCACCUCGCAGUGAACCACGCUGUGGUUUUGGAGACAGAUCAACACGGCGUCACCAGAUAUUCGGCCUCGAGCCCCGACGAGGGCGCGCUCGUCUACGGCGCGCGGCACUUUGGGGUCGAGUUUUUGGGUCAGACGCCGGCGGGCAUGGAAGUCUCCGUGCUGGGUCGGCGGCUACACGUGUGCGUGUUGGCGUCGAUUGAGUUUUCUAGCAAGCGGAAGCGCAGCAGCAUGCUGUGCGAAGUGUUUUACCCCGACGUCAAGCGCGAGGCGUGCGCUGAGGAGGACGGGCGCGGCGAGAAGGGCGCGAAGAGCGAUUUCGUCAGGAAAAUCGUUCUCUACGUGAAAGGCGCGGACACCGUCAUCGUCCCGCUCCUCCGCACGCGCGGCGACACGGAAAACCAGAUGCUGAACACGAUGGAGGAAUACGCCGAAGACGGUUUGCGCACGCUCUGCAUCGCCAAACGAGAAGUUGAAGAGGAGGAAUUCCUCGGCUGGUUCCAAGACUACGAGGCCGCUGAACGCGCCACUGUCGACCGACAGGCCAAAAUUGAGGCCGUCGCUGAACGCCUCGAAGUCAUGCUGGAGUUGCAGGGCGUGACGGGCGUCGAGGACAAGCUUCAGAUAGGCGUCGGCGAUACCAUUGAGAAGCUGCGGACUGCUGGCAUCAAGGUCUGGAUGUUGACCGGCGAUAAAGUGGAGACGGCGAUCAACAUCGGGUUUGCGACCUCGCUGCUGACCCGGGACAUGCAGCAGCGGACGUACGUCUGGGAGGAGCUCGACCGCGACAAAAAUCUCCUCCGCGAGCGGCUUGUAGAGCACGAGCGGAGGCUGACAGAGCCGCGAGGCAAGAAGGACGUCGACGAGGGCGAGCGCGAGCUGUGGACUGCGCCGCACGCGCUGAUCGUCGACGGCGAGGCGCUGCAGCACAUGCUGGAGCCCGAUCUCGAGAAGGCCUUCGUCUCCGUCUGCACGCGCUGCGUGACCGUUAUUUGCUGCAGAGCCACUCCGCACCAAAAGGGAGCGGUCGUGUCGCUGAUCAAGAAAUACAAGGGAAAAAUUACUCUCGCGAUCGGCGACGGAGCGAACGACUGUAACAUGAUUCAGUCCGCCGACGUCGGCGUCGGCCUCAAGGGCGAGGAAGGCAUGCAAGCAUUUAAUUCGGCGGACUACGGCUUGGUGCAGUUCCGGUUCCUCCAGCCGCUGCUGCUGACGCAUGGUCGCUGGAACUACAGGCGCAUUUCGAAGCUGGUGCUUUACAUGUUCUACAAAAACCUCGUCCUCGUGCUGCCGAUGUUUUUCUUCGGCUUCCUCUCCGUCUUCUCGGGACAGAAAUUUUACUUCGAGUACCUCUACCAAAUGUACAACGUCGUCUUCACUGCGAUUCCGAUCACGCUGUACGGGGUGUUUGAUCAAGACGUGGACAAGCAGCUGUCGCUGAAGUAUCCGCAGCUGUACCGGUGCGGUCAGAUGGACCUGUAUCUCAACCUGCGCGUCUUCCUCAAGUGGAUGCUGAACGGCAUUUGGCAAGCGAUAGUCAUCUUCGUGCUUCCGACGGCGAUAUUCGGCUUCUACGCAGUUCCUACCACCACAGGCCGGACGAUGGACAUCUGGAUGAUCGGUUUGAUGAUCUUCGUGAUGAACAUGAUUGUGGUCAACAUCAAAGUUCUGCUCGAAACAUACUACCUCAACUCUGUCAUCUGGGCUGGCUUCUACAUCAGCCUCUUAGCGUGCCUGCUGUUCGUUUUUCUCUUCUCGAGCUGGCCGGCAUUCGCGGGCACGAUGCUCGGCUGCGUGUUCUAUCUGUUUGUCGACGGCGCGGCGUGCUCGCUGCUCUCCAUCUCCGCUGCGUCGACGCUCUGCCUUGCGCGCGACUGGCUCUGGAAGGCCUUCCGCGUGAAUUCGGCUCCACAGCUCUACCACCUCAUCCAGCAGCGCGAGUACACGCAGAACUUUGCUCAGUGGGAUCACCACGCGAAUCAACACGACAAAGAACUAUUCUUCGAGCUGCCGCGCUCCGCAGAAGGUUCCCGCCUCAUGUCCUUGCGAGAAGAUAACUAUACUUUGCACGCAAGCAUCGGGCAAGGAAAGGCUGGUCGAGGGCGGCAGUCGACGAGGGGCUUCGCUUUCAGCGAGGCGGAUCCGGCGUUCAGCGCGGCGCUCCACAACCACAAGACGCGCAAGCUGCUCGGACUCACCCCGUCGUGGCGGUCGUCUUCGUCGUCCUCGCACUCUGCGCACCAGGGCCUGGAGAAGGGUCCCUCGGUGUCUUUGCGGGAGAACGGCGGCUUCCUGAGCUCGUCCCCGUCUUCGGUCUCUGCCCAGCAGAAGUCCGCGGGGGCGGAGAGUGAGAGGGGAGACUGGCGGAGCGCCAAGUCCCCGAAGAACAGCAUGAAGUCGCUGCUGGGCUGGAAGGGCCGCAGCGGAUCGAGCCACAUCACUUCGCGCGUCAGCAGCGCGCCCGCGUCCGGCGUCGGCCGCGAGGAGAAGCAGUCGGGAGUGUGGGGGUGGAUUCGCAAGCCCGCGUCGAAUCACAGCUCGCGCGACGGGAGGAAAGGCAACUUCUCUUCGCUGCUCUCCUCCGCACUGCCCUUUUCACGCAAAGAGGAAACUCACGACGGGCUGCUCGAGGACGAAGAGACUUUCGUCCCGCAGCCCGCUGCGGCGCCGCCGAGGACCGUGAAAAGGAAAACCUACAUUCCAUCAGAAGACAGCGCCGAUUCGGAGGAUCUGGACGACCUCACAGAGGAUGACGAAGACGACGAGUCCUACAAGCAGCGCGUGCGCCAGUCGCGGGAGCGCCCCGAGGAGGGCAACUAG